AUGAAUCUCCAAACUCCAUUUCUUCCAAUCUAAUUCUCGGAGCUCCACUAUUUCUACAGAUUUCCGCCACCGUAUAUAUACAUACACAGAAAUUUGUACAGAGUUACGAAGCGCGAUACCCUCAAUUAUGGAUUCUCUGUCUUCUGUAUCGCCAUCUAUCGUGCCGCCGCUCCGCUGCAACCGCCGGUGGCCCAAGGCUGUAUCGUUCACAUGCAGAAAAUCAAUUGGCGGAUUUGGAUCGCCUUAUGAUUUUCGCGGAAGACAUCACAGCAUGCGAAUUUACUCUAAAUCGGGCGGGGAAGCUGAUCAGGAAGGGGGAAAUCAACGGCGAGAUGAGGACCUGGAGAGAGCGCUGCGGAUGGACGGUACGAUCCCUGGAACUUCCGAUGAGUUUGUCAAGCAGGUCUCCUCGCGCGCUUAUGUUAUGCGUCGCCAUCUCCAGCAAAGUUUCGAUAGCAGUAGCUACGAUGUAUUGGAGGCAAAUCCUUGGCAAGAGUCCUCGAAAUCUGUCUAUGUGCUGACUCACCAAGAAAACCAACUAUGCACAAUGAAAACUCGAAGAAACCGCAGUGAAGUCGAGAAAGAGCUUGGACUUUUGUUUUGUAAAGGAGGGAAGAAGCAAAACAAGUCAAAGCAGCCAGGAACCAGCACCAAAUUUCAGAUGCUUGUUGAGGAUGUUCGGGAGGGUGUUCUGGUAUUCGAAGAUCAAAAUGAAGCUGCAAGGUACUGUGAUCUGCUUCAGGGAGGAGGGCAAGCUUGUGAAGGUGUUGCAGAGAUAGAAGCUUCAUCAGUGUUUGAUCUUUGCCAAAAGAACAGGGCUCUUGCUGUCUUGUUCCAUCGGGGUAGAACACCACCUCUGCCAGAGAGCCUUAAGCUUGACCUUGGGGCGCGUAAACACUCCCUCGAAGAUGAAGAGGACUUGGCUUGAAGGUUUUGGAAUGGUAGCUGGGUGGUCACACAUGCAUAAUUGCAAACACACACAUACAGCUCUAUAAUUUCUUGUGAAGCUAAUAUUGACAGGACAGUUUCAACAAUAUACUGAUUAUUUAUACUGUAUAUAAUGGAGAUUUUUUACUUCCAAA